AUGGAGUCCGCUCCAGUACCACCUACGGGUUUACCAGCCAGCGUGGUCAAUGCUGAAGAUCUCCACAAGGACAAGGUCUCCUUGGAACCUGAGGCCGGAGUUCACCCUGCCGGUGCUCUCGAAUAUGUCAAUGAUGAUGAGGAACCUACCGAUGAGGAAUUCAAUACCCUUCGAAAAGUUCCAGCCAAGAUGAAGUGGGUUAGUGUCGCUUUAUGUACUAUCGAAUUGGCCGAACGAGCAUCAUAUCUUGGAUGUUCGGGAGUAGUCAAGAACUUUGUCAACCGACCCUUACCUAAGGGCGGUAAUGGUGCAGGAGCUGUCGCGCCAGGAGAAGCGGGUGAGAACCAAACAGCCGGUGCAUUGGGCAAAGGAACGGUCACCGCUUCAGCCGUCUACAACGCAUUCAUCUUCUUGGCUUAUGUCCUACCUAUCGUUGGUGGUAUCGUCGCCGAUACUAAAUGGGGUCGAUUCAAAACCAUCGCCGUCGGUACUGGUGUGGGUAUCAUCGCUCACGUCCUUUUGGUCAUCUCUGCUAUCCCCUCAGUCAUCGGUGGUGGUCACGCCAUUGGUCCAUUCCUCUUAUCAUUAUACAUCCUUUCAUUCGCUUCUGGAUUCAUCAAACCAUGUUUGGCCACUCUCAUGUGUGACCAAAUCCCAGUCAAGAGACCUACGCUCAAGACCCUCCCAUCUGGUGAACGAGUCAUUGUCGAUCCUCAAACUACCGUUCAGAGAUACCUGUUAAUCUUCUAUUUCUGUAUCAACGUCGGUGGUUUCUUCGCUAUUGCUAGUUCCUACUCUGCAAGAUUCGUUGGAUAUUGGUUGGCCUACCUUUUACCAGGUAUCGUCUACAUGAUUAUGCCCUUGGUACUUGCCUUCCUUUACAAGAAAUUAUACCACGCUCCACCUCAGGGAUCCGUCACUCUCGAAGCAUUUAGAGUACUCGGUACAUGUUUGAAAAAUGGUGGAUGGAAAACCAUCUUCGAUGCCGACAAGUUCUGGAACAGGGCUAAACCAUCUCAAAUUCUCGCUCAACAAGGUUCUAUCGAUCAUUCCAAGAUUACAUGGGACGACUUGUUUGUCGAUGAGAUGAGACAAUCCCUAGCUGCUUGUGUGGUAUUCCUCCUCACUCCUAUAUUCAUCAUGGCCGACGGAGGUAUCGGAGCUCAAGAAAAUGCCUUAUCAUCCGCUGUCACUCUCGACAAUGCCCCCAAUGACGUUAUCGACAACUUGAACCCUCUUACCAUCAUCUUCUUCACUCCUAUCAUCACUUACGGUUUAUAUCCAUUCUUCGAAAAGAUCGGUUACCCCUUAAAACCCAUGACUCGAUUAUCAAUCGGAUUCAUGUUGGGUUGUAUCAACAUGAUUUACGGUGCCGUCCUUCAAUGGAAGGUAUACAAAACUUCUCCUUGUGGAUAUUACGCUUCGACCGCCGACGUCUGUGAAGAUGUUUCAUCAAUUUCCAUCUGGGCUUUAACUCCCCUACAGGCUCUUCCGGCUAUAGGAGAGAUCUUCGUCAUGGUGACAGGGUACGAGUUAGCCUACACCAGAGCUCCAGCAAGAAUGAAGGGUUUGGUCUAUGCCAUCUGUUUGUUCUCCUCGGCUAUCUCUUCGGCGAUCGGUUUGGCAUGUUCAAACGCUAUCCAAGAUCCUUAUUUGAUUUGGCCUUAUGUCGCUUUGGCUGUAGCAUGUUUCAUCUGCGCGGUCAUCUUCCCUACAUUCUUCAGACACCUCAACGAACCUACUAGAGUAUUCGCAGACCCAGCUAGACAAGCAGGUAAAUUACAACCUAUUGAAGGUGAGGAGAUUAAACAUUCCGCCAAUACCUCGAGCGAGAAGAUCUAG